AUGAAGAGUUUAUUCCAAAACUUUUUUUUGCUCAUGGCCUUCAUUGAGUUCAUCCUGGGGAUUUUAGGGAAUGGCUUUCUUGGGCUUAUCAAUUGCAUCCACUGGGUCAAGAGCAGCAAGAUCUCCUUAUCUGACUUAAUUAUUAUGAAUCUAGCUUUCUCUAGGAUCAUUCUGCAAUGUGUGAUAAGUUUGGAUGGUGUUGUCCUGGUGUUCUAUCCUAGUAUCUAUGAUUCAGAGAAAUUCAUUCAAAUUCGUGAAAUUGGCUGGACCUUUAGUAACUAUUUAAGCAUUUGGCUGGUCACCUGCCUCAGUGUCUUCUACUGCCUGAAGAUUGCCAUUUUCUCCCACCCUGCCUUCCUCUGGCUUAAAUGGAGGGUUUCCCAGGUAGUUGCCUGGAUUCUGUUCUUUUCUGUGCUCUUCUCUCUCUUCAAUAUAGUGUCAUUGAUCCGAAAAUUCAGUAUGUAUUCUGACUUCCUUAAAAUGAAGCACAUUGAAAACUGCACUGAAAUUAGCAGAAGAAAAGAAAUGGAAUAUUAUAAUGCCCAGAUUAUUGGUCUCCUGUGGUCAGUGAUACCUUUCAUUAUAUCACUGAUCUCCUAUUUCCUACUUAUCCUCUCCCUGAAGAGGCAUACCAGAAUGCUACAGCACCACAUCACUGGCCCCAGAGAUAUGAGUUCUGAAGCCCAUGUGAAAGCCACCAAAGUAAUGUUUUCCUUUCUCUUACUUUUUGUCUUUUAUCUUAUCAUUAUGUACAUUGGGUCAUCAAACUUCUUCUUGACAGACACCAAGUUAUCAAUAAUGAUUAUAGAGUUGGCUGCCCCUCUCUAUCCCUCUGUGCACUCAUUCAUCCUCAUUCUUCAAAACAAAAACCUGAAACAGGAGUUUUUGAGGCUUCUGUGGUUGAAAAAGGGCUGCAUAAAAGAUGGAGUCACAUCCUAA